GAAAAACAAUUAUUUUUUUAAAAAAAAAAAAUUGCUCUGCCUGCCUCCUCCCUGUUUCUCUCUCCUCUAUUUUGGGAAUAGUUGAACGCCAUGUCGAUGUAUUUAGCAAGUCGUCGGCUCUCUACCGGAUCGACGCCGGCUACGGCGGCGGCGUUGCGUUCAGCGUGGCUGAGAUUUUACUCCUCGUCGUUUCGUGAGGAGCGUGACACUUUUGGGCCGAUCAAUGUCCCCUCUGACAAAUUGUGGGGUGCUCAAACUCAGAGGUCUCUUCAGAACUUUGAAAUUGGUGGGGACCGUGAACGUAUGCCUGAGCCUAUAGUUCGAGCAUUUGGAAUUUUAAAGAAAUGUGCUGCCAAGGUGAAUAUGGAAUAUGGCCUUGAUCCAAAAAUAGGAAAUGCAAUAAUGCAGGCUGCCCAAGAAGUGGCUGACGGAAAGUUAAACGAUCAUUUCCCUCUUGUAGUAUGGCAAACUGGCAGUGGCACACAAAGCAACAUGAAUGCCAAUGAGGUUAUUGCAAAUAGGGCAGCUGAGAUCCUUGGACAUACACGUGGUGGGAAGUUAGUGCAUCCUAAUGACCAUGUAAAUAGGUCACAGUCCUCUAAUGACACAUUCCCAACUGUGAUGCACAUUGCAGCAGCAAUGGAAAUAAAUUCGCGAUUUGUACCAAAGUUGAAGAAUUUACAUUCUUCCCUUCAUGCUAAAUCUGUUGAAUUUAAAGAUAUAAUUAAGAUUGGACGUACGCAUACCCAAGAUGCAACACCUUUGACACUUGGUCAAGAGUUCAGCGGCUAUUCUACACAAGUCAAGUAUGGAAUUGAUAGAGUUCUAUGCACUCUGCCUCGGAUGUAUCAGCUUGCACAAGGAGGCACUGCUGUAGGGACUGGGUUAAACACGAAGAUAGGGUUUGACGUCAAGAUUGCUGAAGCAGUCGCUGAAGAGACUAACUUACCUUUUGUAACUGCUGAAAACAAAUUUGAAGCAUUGGCUGCGCAUGAUGCUUUUGUUGAAACAAGUGGUGCUCUAAAUACUGUUGCUGCUUCUCUAAUGAAGAUAGCUAAUGAUAUACGAUUUCUAGGAAGUGGCCCACGAUGUGGUCUUGGUGAGUUAAUUCUUCCAGAAAAUGAACCAGGGAGCAGUAUAAUGCCUGGGAAGGUUAAUCCUACACAGUGUGAGGCUAUAACUAUGGUUUGUGCCCAGGUAAUGGGAAACCAUGUAGCAGUAACUGUUGGAGGCUCAAAUGGUCAUUUUGAGCUAAAUGUUUUCAAGCCCCUCAUUGCAAACGCUCUCCUACAUUCAGUGAGAUUGCUGGCAGAUGCAUCUGCUUCUUUCGAAAAGAAUUGUGUUAGGGGAAUUCAAGCCAAUACGGAGAGGAUUACAAAGUUGCUAAAUGAGUCACUAAUGCUUGUGACAGCUUUGAACCCUAAAAUAGGUUAUGACAAUGCUGCUGCAGUUGCCAAGAAAGCACACAAAGAGGGAACUACAUUGAAGGAUGCUGCGUUGAAACUUGGAGUUCUUACAGAGGAAGAGUUCCAUCAGUAUGUCGUGCCAGAGAAAAUGAUUGGUCCCUCUGAUUAGCGUUCCAUCAGUAUGGUUGACGGAAGCUGAGUAUAUUAUUCACCAAUUUUGUCUGUUUAGUCCCAAUUCUGAGUUGGAUUAGGUAAUAAUAAUCCAACAACAAUACAUUGCAAGCAGUAUUAUUGAGGCUUUCUUAGUAAGUAACUGAGUGGUAUGAGGUUUGGUUGGUUUGUUAGAGCAGAAACAUUUUUGGAAAGUUUCUUAAUAAGGAGAAAGCCUCCUCAUUGUUACAGUAAUAAUGAAAUGGUAAUUCAUAAUUUAUCUUCCAAUCUAACUUGUUACUCCA